GAAAACGAUGGAAGCCUUCGGCGGAUUCUUGGUGGACGAGAAGGCGGUUCGGGUCGAGAACAUCUUCCUCGACUUCCUCCGCAGCUUCCGCCUCGGCGGCGAAGGCGAGGUCUACUAUGAGGCCGAGAUCGAAGCCAUGAUCAACAACGAGUCCUCCACCAUGUUCAUCGACUUCUCUCACGUCAUGGCCUUCAACAACCUCCUCCAGAAGGCCAUUUCCGACGAGUUCUUGAGGUUCGAGGCGUAUUUGAAGAACGCGUGCAAGAGAUUCGUGAUGGAGCGGCGGUCUAAUGCGAUGCCGGAUGACGUCAACAAGGACAUCAAUGUGGCCUUCUGCAAUCUUCCGGCGUCGAAGAGGUUGAGGGAAUUGACGACGGCGGAGAUAGGGAAGCUGGUGUCGGUGAAAGGAGUGGUGACGAGGACGAGUGAGGUGCGGCCGGAGCUUCUGCAGGGGACUUUUAAGUGCUUGGAUUGUGGAGGUGUUAUUAAGAAUGUUGAACAGCAGAAUAAGUACACUGAGCCGACUAUUUGUGUCAAUGCCACUUGCCAAAAUAGAGCAAGGUGGGCAUUGCUUCGGCAAGAGAGCAAAUUUGCGGAUUGGCAGAGGGUACGAAUGCAGGAGACUUCCAAGGAGAUACCUGCGGGAUCCCUUCCCCGAUCGCUUGAUGUUAUAAUUCGCCAUGAGAUUGUUGAGAAGGCCAGGGCUGGUGACACGGUCAUAUUUACCGGCACAGUGGUUGUGAUACCAGACAUAUUGGCUUUGUCUGCUCCUGGAGAGAGAUCCGAAGUUUCUCGCCAAGCGUCCCAGCGCAGUAAUGGUGCGACUGGGCAGGAAGGAGUCAGGGGUCUUCGAGCAUUGGGAGUGAGAGACCUCUCCUAUCGCCUUGCCUUUAUUGCUAAUUCCGUUCAGAUCUCUGAUGGUAGGCAGGAUACUAACAUCCGGAAUAGAAAGAAGGAUGCUGAAGAUGAUGACAACCAGCAGUUUACUGCAGAAGAGCAAGAUGAAGUUCAAAGAAUGAGGAAUACUCCUGAUUUCUUCAAUAAGAUUGUUGAUAGCAUUGCCCCAACUGUAUUUGGUCAUCAAGAUAUCAAGCGAGCAAUCCUGCUUAUGCUUCUGGGCGGUGUCCACAAGUGUACUCAUGAAGGUAUCAACCUGAGAGGAGAUAUCAAUGUUUGUAUAGUUGGGGACCCCAGUUGUGCAAAAUCUCAGUUCCUCAAGUAUGCUGCUGGAAUAGUUCCAAGAUCUGUUUACACAUCAGGGAAAUCAUCCUCUGCUGCUGGUUUAACUGCAACUGUGGCCAAAGAACCAGAAACGGGAGAAUUUUGUAUUGAGGCUGGCGCAUUAAUGCUCGCUGACAAUGGCAUUUGUUGUAUUGAUGAAUUUGACAAGAUGGAUGUUCGGGAUCAGGUUGCAAUUCAUGAGGCAAUGGAACAGCAGACAAUAAGCAUUACAAAAGCAGGAAUACAGGCAACACUGAAUGCUCGGACAUCAAUUCUUGCUGCUGCAAAUCCCACAGGGGGCCGUUAUGAUAAAUCUAAACCUCUAAAGUAUAAUGUGGCUCUUCCUCCUCCUAUUUUGUCAAGGUUUGAUCUGGUGUAUGUCAUGAUUGAUGACCCAGAUGAUCAAACUGAUUACCACAUAGCCCACCAUAUUGUAAGAGUACAUCAAAAGCGGGAAGAGGCGCUCAAUCCUACAUUCACUACUGCACAGCUGAAGCGGUAUAUUACAUAUGCCAAAACUCUGAAACCAAAGUUAAAUUCAGAUGCUAGAAAGCUGUUGGUGGACUCUUAUGUAGCUCUCAGAAGAGGUGAUACUGCUCCUGGUAGUAGAGUUGCUUAUCGCAUGACAGUUAGGCAACUAGAGGCACUGAUCAGACUGUCAGAGGCCAUCGCUCGAAGUUAUUUAGAGCUUCAGGUUAAACCACAUCAUGUCCGUUUAGCAGUGAGAUUACUGAAAACCUCAAUAAUUAGUGUGGAGUCUAGUGAGAUUGAUUUAUCAGAGUUUGAAGACUCUCGUGACAAUGUUGAGGGCAAUGACAAUGGAAAUAAUGGUACUUAUCACGGUGAUGAUGAUGGAAAUAAUGGUACUGAUCACGGUGAUAAUGAUGGAAAUAAUGGUACUGGUCCAGGUGGUGAUCAGACAACCAAUGGCAGAGCUUCCGUGAAUGGUGAAGGUGGGGCAGGUUCCGCAACCCAACCAGGAAAGAAGCUUAUAAUUAGUGAUGAAUAUUUUCAGAGGGUUACCCAGGCCCUCAUCAUGCGUCUGAGACAGCAUGAAGAAGAUAUUAGACAAAGUGGGACAGGGCUGGCUGGAAUGAGGCAGAGGGACUUGAUUCAGUGGUAUGUGAGUCAGCAGAAUGAGAAAAAUAAUUAUGAUUUUGUGGAGGAAGCAGCCGCUGAAAUUUCUAAAAUAAAAGCUAUCAUAGAGAGCUUAAUAAGAAGAGAAGGGCAUCUGAUAGUCCUAGAUGAUGAGAGGCCAGCAGCAGAAGGUGAAGGACCACCACAGCCACCAUUAUCCAGAAAUGACAGAAUACUGGCUGUGGCUCCUAAUUAUGUCAUCGAUUGAUGUGGUCAUGCUAUUCAGCAGCAAACUUCAAAAUCUUUCCAUAAGUUCAAAACCUGCUGAAUAUAUGUUGGUUCUCCUUUCUUCGUAAAGCUUGGCUUUUUUCACAUCACGGGAGAUCUGUUGCAGAAGUAAAAGCGCUCGUACAUUCAGUAGAGAUGAAAAGUGGUAGUGUCAGAACAUUGCUACUCACCUAAGUUACCAAUGAAGAGUGUAUAAAUGUUAGCUUGACUGCUUAUUCACAUUGUCUUAAUGUUCCUUGAAGCCAUGUCUGCACUAUUCACUGAAAAUGAAGCCUAGGAAGACAGAAAUGUCUUACAUAGAGAUGCUUGCUGAGAUUGGAGAGUACCUAGAAGUUGGAUAAUGGAUGACAGAAAAAGAAUCAAACACAAGUGGACAUUAAUUAACUUGUCUUAAGGUUAAUGUCCUUCGUUUUCAAUGACAUAGAUAGAGUACUUGAUAAGUAUGCUAAUGUCAUUUUCAGUGAGUUUUGCACCCAAACGCAACUGUAUGUCAUCUUUUUGUUUCUUCAAGGUUUUGAUUAACAUGUUGUGCUAGCAGAAGCAAUUGACCAAA